CGAUCUACGAUUUAAGGUGCGGAUCUGUGCCCUGCUGGGUAUUUAAAAAAAACAGCUUUGUGUUCCCUCUCUCCACAGUUAAACACACAGAGAGUCAGAGGCAGAGAGUGGAGAUGGAAUGAAAAACAAAUAAAACGCGCAGCUGAGCGCCCCAAAUAUGGCUCCUACGACGCUCGUCGGAAAGCUCGCCCAGUCCGCUUCACAGGAACGGGCUGUAGUGCACGAUGAGAGGUCUACUGUGCUCCACCGAGUGUGAGACCAGGAAGAAAUAUCACCUGACAGGCGGCCCUCCCCUCGGGGGACAGAAACAGACACCAUUGCUCCUCUCAACCUGGAAACUGGAGGCUGGAAACGGCUCAGUUCUACCGUGCGUACAGUGCGCCUCCUGUCCAGAGCUGGCUUCUCCUCACUUUCUCCAGGAGAUCCAUUACAAACCUUUCGUCUUUCUGGCCAAGUUGGGCAAACUUGGGCCCCCGGAUUCCUGUCAGUGAACCUGUCAGUGUUGAGUCCUCAUGCAGGGAGCCCAGUAAGCAACGUGCACUCGACUGCGGGGACUGGAAACGCAUCUUCGGUGUGAUAUAAUUAAAACUCUUGCAAAGUCUUUUUAAGUCUAGGGGCCACCACAGCGAAGAUGCCGGUCCGGAGGGGCCAUGUGGCUCCGCAGAACACCUUCCUGGACACCAUCAUCAGGAAAUUCGAUAGUCAAUGUCGUAAGUUCGUCAUUGCCAAUGCAAGAGUGGAGAACUGCGCCAUCAUCUUCUGCAAUGAUGGCUUCUGCCACAUGUGUGGUUUCUCACGUGCUGAGAUCAUGCAGAAGCCAUGCACGUGUAACUUCCUGUAUGGACCCGAUACCAAGCGACUGGCCAUCGCUCAGAUGGCUCAGGCCCUGCUGGGGUCAGAGGAGAGGAAAGUGGAGAUCAACCUUUACCGCAAAGAUGGUCACUGCUUCCUAUGUGUGGUGGAUGUGGUGCCAGUGAAGAACGAGGAUGGCUUGGUGAUAAUGUUCAUCCUCAACUUCGAGGUCAUGACAGAGGAGACAUUUCGAGGCCACAAAGAGGAGCUCAACCACCGCCUGCCCACCUGGCUUGUCACCGGUCGUCCACGAGGCUUUAAGCUGCGUCUUCCCCUGCUGCGCUCCCUAUCAAACAGUAAAGUGUCUCUGGACGACGCAGAGGCUAGUCAUAUCCCCACUGCUACACCCCUGCCGCUGCACCAAGACCAUCACAGUCACGAGUCCCUAGGCCUAGGGGAGUUCCUGCCCCUUCCCCCUUUACCACCAGACCACCAGGAGCAAAUCAGUGGAAGCAGGUCAGUUCUACAGAGUUGGCCAGAAGACUUCCAGGAGGACCACCACACCUUACUGUGCUCUGACCAUCCUGUACCUCCUCCUCCCAACAGAGCCCACCUGGUGGGUCCCCUCACCCAGUCAUCCCCCUGCGUAGCGCCUCACCAUCGCCUCAGCCUCAAUCCGGACGCCUCAGGCUCCAACUGCUCCCUGUCGCAUAGCCGCUCGCGGGAGAGCUUCCACAGCAUGCGUCGCGCCUCCUCUGUAGAUGAGAUUGAGGCCAUGAGGUCCGACUGGAACCGAAAGAACCGGAGAGCGAGUAUUCGGCUGGGGAGCAGCAGCACUGGUGCGGUAAACAGUAAAUCCAACAUAUUGAACUCCACGUCGGACUCAGACCUUAUGCGGUACCGCACCAUUUCCAAAAUCCCUCAGAUCACCCUCAACUUUGUAGAUUUCAAACCUGACCCACUCAUUGCCCUGCCCACGGGGGAGAUGGACAUCAUAGCUCCCUGCAAACUCAUCGACCGGACGCACCACGUCACUGAGAAAGUCACCCAGGUGCUGUCUCUGGGAGCAGAUGUGUUACCAGAGUACAAGCUUCAGGCUCCUCGCAUCCACAAGUGGACGGUGUUGCACUACAGUCCCUUCAAGGCGGUUUGGGACUGGCUCAUCCUGCUGCUGGUCAUUUACACAGCCAUCCUGACACCCUACUCAGCCGCAUUCCUCCUCAAUGACCAGGAAGACGUAGCCAUGCAGAGUUGUGGUUACUCCUGCUCUCCUCUCAAUGUAGUGGACCUCAUAGUGGAUAUCAUGUUUAUUAUUGACAUCCUCAUCAACUUCAGGACAACAUACGUGAACACUAAUGAUGAGGUGGUGAGCCACCCGGUGCGUAUAGCCGUCCACUACUUCAAAGGUUGGUUCCUCAUCGACAUGGUGGCUGCUAUUCCCUUUGACCUGCUCAUCUACCGCAACGGAGAGGAGACCACUACUCUGAUAGGUCUGCUGAAAACUGCCCGUCUCCUGCGAUUGGUGCGUGUAGCUAGGAAGCUGGACCGCUACUCGGAGUACGGUGCAGCUGUCCUUUUCCUCCUCAUGUGCACCUUUGCCCUCAUCGCUCACUGGCUGGCCUGCAUCUGGUAUGCCAUCGGUAGCGUUGAGAGGACUGGUUCAAUUGGCUGGCUCCACACGCUAGGGGACCAAUUAGGAAAACACUACAACGACUCCAUCCCAGGCUCCGGACCAUCCAUCAAAGACAAGUAUGUCACAGCUCUGUACUUUACCUUCAGCAGUCUGACCAGUGUGGGAUUCGGAAACGUGUCCCCAAACACCAACUCUGAGAAGAUCUUCUCCAUCUGUGUCAUGCUCAUUGGAUCCCUGAUGUACGCCAGUAUCUUUGGGAAUGUGUCAGCCAUCAUCCAGCGGCUUUACUCGGGGACGGCCCGCUACCACACCCAGAUGCUUAGAGUCAGGGAGUUUAUCCGCUUCCACCAGAUCCCUAACCCACUCAGGCAGAGGCUGGAGGAGUAUUUCCAGCACGCCUGGUCCUACACCAACGGCAUCGACAUGAAUGCUGUGCUAAAAGGUUUCCCAGAGUGUCUCCAGGCGGAUAUCUGCCUCCAUCUGAACCGGACAUUGCUGCAGAACUGUAAGGCUUUUAAAGGCUCCACCAAGGGCUGCCUUAGGGCAUUGGCCAUGAAGUUCAAGACGACCCAUGCACCCCCGGGUGACACACUGGUCCACGCUGGGGACGUCCUCACAGCCCUCUACUUCAUAUCCAGGGGAUCCAUAGAGAUACUAAGAGGAGAUGUAGUGGUAGCCAUCUUGGGGAAAAAUGACAUCUUUGGCGAGCCUAUUAACCUGUAUGCUCGACCAGGUAAAUCCAACGCUGACGUGAGGGCUCUAACCUACUGUGACCUCCAUAAAAUCUUUAGAGAAGAUGUUCUGGAGGUGCUGGACAUGUAUCCUGAGUUUGCGGAUCACUUCUGGAACAACCUGGAAAUCACCUUCAACCUUCGAGAUACCAAUAUGAUCCCAGGCUCUCCAAGUAGUGAUGACUCUAACUGUGGGGGAUUCAACAAAUUGCGCAGACGCAAGUUAUCGUUCCGAAGACGUACAGAAAAAGAUGAUGCAGAUGCUGGAGAAAUUAAAAAGUCCCAUAAGUCUGUGAGACGUAGACAGAGGGAGGCAGCCAACAACCAAAAACAGGAGGAGGCACCUAAGUGUCAGUGGGAGACACAUCGAAGCUCAGUGUCUUCACACUCCAGUGGUGAUGAGGGGGAGGAGUCAGUUGUGACCAGACUUGCCCCUCCACCGGUAAUGCCGGAGAAUCCGCAGGCUCAGGCUACACCCAUGAACUUCAACAAAAACACUGAGGGUGACGGAGACCCUAAGACUGGGAACACCUGCAAUGCCCUGUCAGGUGCAUUCUCAGGUGUGUCCAACAUCUUUAGUUUCUGGGGGGAGAGUCGAGGGGGUGGUCAGUACCAGGAAAUUCCCAGCUGCAGCCUGGCCUCCCCCCCGCCCCUCAACGCACCGCUGAACAGCUUGAGCCGACAGCAACGCAACCAACUGGACACACGGCUGGACCUGCUGCAGAAACAGCUCAACAGGUUGGAGAGUCGCAUGUCAACGGAUAUCGGGGCAAUCAUGCAGCUCCUGCAGAGACAGAUGGCACUUGUUCCACCUGCCUACAGUGCCAUCUCAUCACCACCUCAGGCCUCACCCUAUGCUGGCCCCGGCCCAGGUCCAGGAGAGGGACUGGUCCAGCUUGUGACACCUCUGGAGACAGACACCCUAGCCUCCUUAACACAGAUCUUGGAUUCCGAGGACUUUGAGGAGUUCUCCACCAAGCCUCUUGACUCCCUGCGGCCCCAGGACUCCUCACUGAUCAAUGCCAGCGAGGGCCAGCUUGCCCCUGCUGUACUGGACAGCCUGGGGCAACAUCUGGAGAUGGGACUAGGAACUGGGGUAAUUUCAGGGCCAGCAGUAAGUUCAGGUUUAGAAUUAGAUUUAAGGAGCGGGGCAGCAGUGGGGUCAAGUUUAGGAACAGGGUUUGACUUUGGUUCUGGGGUAUGUAUGGGGGCUUUGGUUGGGCCAGAGGCUGGAACAGGAGUAUCUUCCAUGGAUCCUGAAACCCAAAGGAGGCUGUCCCUUCAAGAACCUCAGACACCUCUGGACUCAAGGACACCACACAGACACAGCUCGGACCCAGGGGGGAGCUAAGGUAGAGAGAGUGACGGGGGAGGAGAGUAGAAUUGAAGAGAGGGAGAGUGAGGAGAGUGAAUGAGAGUUUUAUCCAGCAGUUCAUGAGGCAUGAGUUAGGAACUUUGAUACCUACCACCAAAACCCCUUAGGGCAAACCCCUUAGGGCAGCUACUAUAUCUUCACCAUUGAAAUUUCACCUCUGACCUCUCAAGAAAGGACACACAGCUCAGAGAGAGAAAGAGUGUGAAGCCAGGCUGAUCUGGUCUGGACCUUUCAGUCAGCCACUAUGGAUGACACGUCUUUGCACACACAUAAAUGACUGCUUAUUUGUAGAAGAUCCCUUUACUGCUGUAUCUACAAACUGGACAAUAUCAGAAAGAAUAAUGACGAAACAAGUAGCCAUUUAUGUCUUGCACUGAAAUUCCUAUUGAUAUAAUAAUUAUUCUAUUCUACAUGUCCAUGGCGCUUCCAAUGAACUCACAAACUGGUCGGUGUUUGUAGUGUUAGCUGGCCUAACAGGAAACCUGCUAUCCUGUUCUGUUAUUGGUUCUUGACGCUCCCCCCUUCCCAAGAGCACACUGGAUUGGCUGGUUUGCACCUCAGGGGUGGGAACUGGAGGGUUAAAGCCAUGAAUUUUCUUGAUGAACAUAUCAGCUGCCCUGUCAGAAACGUUGUUUAGAUUUUCUAAUGAGUGAAGAACAUAUGGCACGCUUAGGCAGUGUUGCAAACAGGUAAACUGGCAAACACCAAAAACAGUUCACUAUAAAUAUUUAAACAAGCAGGAAAUCCCAGUUUACUAAUUCCAUGAGCUAUGAGUUGUGACCUUGUAGAGAAACCGCGAGUUGUGUUUGGUUAUCAAACACUAUGAAGUGAUAAAGUCAGCAAUGACAUGGUACUAGCCUGUUUUGAUUCUAAAAAUCAAAACACAUGCAUAAAGGGAAAAAAAUAUUGAGUGAUUCUAGGUUAUCAUAGUUGAAUUUGCUACCUCAGAUUUCAUUGGUCCUUCAUUCUUUUGCCUGAGCAAGCACCCAGAAUGCUUUUACCUUGUAUAUACAAGUUGGUCACGUGAUACAUAAAUAUACAAGUUUGCCAGUUUACAAUGACCAGCCGAAUGCGUCCUUAUUCUAUGUAUGGUACAAUAUGCAAACACUGGCAAGAAGAGAUGAGUGUGCUUUAAUCUUUAUGAGUGAGAUAAGUUCAGGUCCAAAGCUAUUUAUGUUUGUUUGUCCUGUUAUUUUGUCUUUCAGUAUGUAGAGUAUGACAUAAAGUGUCUUUGCUUCCACAUACUGUAGAGGGUCACUUGAUUUUAUUGAUUAGGACACAUUUAUUUUCUUUGCACCCAACUGAUUUUAUUCUUGUUUAAACAGGCAAGUAAAUUGUUAAUGUUUUGAAUCUAGACGGCAGAAAUGAAAACCCUUUAAAAUACUUACUAAGUUAUACAAGUCAUAGCAAUCCCAGGAGGAAGAAAUUGUACUUUAGCACCACUGUUUCUGGGAAUAUUUGAAGUCCUCAAAUACACAUCUGAUCAUUGUCAUGUCAUAUUAGCAGGCCACCAACACACUUGAAUAGAGUGACCAUCUAUCACACUGCACCGUUCAGGAUCAUCAAAGGUUACCACAGCUCAGGUUGAAUUUGGCUUUGUGCAGUGGAAUUAUACUGCUGUACUGUAUGAUAUACUGCAGAUUUCCACCACAGUACCCGACAAAUAACACCACUUUAUAAGAACAAGGGGAGGUAAAGUAUAGAAGUGAUCAUGAAACUGUGACUUGAAAACAUCUUUGGUCCAUGCCUUCAUUUUCCUAAAUAAUACUUUAUCCCUUCAUCGGAAGGCAAAGCAGGGCAAUACCUCACCAGUCACCAGAUACAUUUGGCCUGUUGGAGAAAUGGCAACUUAAUAGUGUACUCAUUUAUGAAUGUUCUUUUGACUUCAGUCAUAUUGUAGGUUAGUGAGCAGUGUUAAUAACAUAAAAUUGUGCUUUGGACACAUUGGACAACUAGGAACAUUUACACUUCCCCUUUUAGAUUUUCCUAACCAUGAAUGGAAUACAUAGCAAUGUAAAUUUUCCACAGGAUUUAUAAUAAGAUGAUACAUUUCAAAAUGUGGAAAUGAACAAGGUAUAGUGGCGGAGUCUGGAGUUUACCCGGAUCCCCCAGGGUAGGCAGAGAAAUACAAAAUAAAAAGAGUAGGUACGAUGAAGUUUGUUUUUAUCCAUAAGUGUCCAUUUCUGCAAAAUCUUCCAGUUUCAUUAGUUUAUAGUUUGAGUUGCCAAGAUGAAGGAAAAUAAAAACCUGUGACAUCUUCAAAUUGUCUUCCCUGAUACAAGACUAUAUGGGCAGACCCUUUCCUGUACCACACAAUAAAGUCAUAACAGAGAAGGGAAUGCCUGUUGAAGUGCAAUAGUCCUUUAAACAGUUAAGACUUGUAGCAGCUUAAUCACAUCUGUUACUUUUUAGCACUUUAUUUCUUAAACAGUGCAGAUGUUUAAUAACGGCUCAGGAACGUGUCAUUGAUGUUAGAGGAUUCAUUUUCUUAAGUCUCAGAACUCAAAACAAGCCAAUCAGAAGGAAGGAGAGAAACACUGGAAGGAAUGUAACAUUUGAAUAAGUUAACAUCCUAAAUAUUAACUCUGGCAGAAUUCCCCUUUAGAAGAAUUGUGAAAAUGUUUAUUUUGCUGCUUGCUGGUCUAAGCUGUUGUAUUUAUGUAUUGUUGUUGGAUUACUUCUGUUUGUUUGUGGAUUGUACCCACUAUGAUUUAUCUCUUUAUCCUGGGUUAAUGAACAGCUCAUUUGGAGGAGCACGUGGACACUUUCUGUGUAAACAUGUCACUGCCCAUGUUCUUGUGUUCUUUUAUUCAUAAUCCUGAAAUUUACACUCAUCCAACCACUCUCAAUAUUUAUUCAAUAUUUUUGGGUAAGUGUGCUUGGUGAGCAGUACAUAUUAAUAAUAUUAUUAUUAUCAUUAGUAAUGCUAAACUAGUCAAUUCCCAAAUGCACACACAGCCACACUGAAUAUACAGUGUGUACGUGGCCUGUUUGACCUGAAAGUUCAACCAACCAACAAGAACUUUCAGAUGAAUGGUGAUUUUUAACAUGUCACUGUGUUGUAUUAGAGUUUGCUACAAUGUUGCUAGAAUCAAUUUGAUCAGCAUUUUGUAGUUUAAUGUGAGUGAAGCUGAUAAGCUGACAUUGACCAAAUGUACUGAGUUCUUUUAACUACUGAACCCUAUCUGCUGCUUGUUGUGUUUUAUUUGUUUUACUUUGCUGACAUCAGCUUUUACCAGCAGUCCCUGCUUACAGUCUCCAGGAUUACAAAUCAAUCUUUAUCUAAAAAUGUCCAGUAAAUACCAAGUGAAUCUGGAAUUCCAUGAAGUUCUUCACCAGUGAAUCCUUUCUUUUUUACAAUGCAGUGCUGAAAUACUGAUUUUCUGAUACCGAGUGGGCUCUCCUCGCCAUCACACAUAUUGUAGCGAGAGUGUUUCUAGUGUUUAAUAACAGUCACCUAGUGGCCUGAACUGUAUCUUUACAUUCAGAACUAUGACCUCAAAACUAGAAUGUGGUUGUUGUCAACUCUUGUCAUUUGACCUUGUAUUUGACCCUAGACUUAAAUGGAAUAUUCAGUGCUAGAGAAUACAUUUAUGUAAUGCAUACUGCAUAUUAUAACAGUAGAGGGUGCGCUUUGAAUAAAAAAAAUCCAUGGGGGACUGGGAAAUGGGUGUGUUUGUGGGCUGUGGCAGGGGGGUGGUUUUCCCCCUUUGCAUUUAAACACACACACACAUACAUAUAUAAAAACUCAGCUUACUCAAAUCACACCUGCACAGUUACACACACACACACACACACACAAACACACACCUUCUAUAAUACUGCUAAGCUUUUUUUCAGGUCUGUUCAACUUUCUAUUAGUUCUGACAGACUUAGGUCCCAUAUUUGUAGGUGUUUUGAGCGCUUGGGAAUGGGGGUUUUGGUAACAUUUACACAACAAUGGAUCUGCUCUGACACUCCUUGCCUGUACAUACUAAGUUCUACUACUUGUAAAGGAAUCAAACUCUUUGGCACUUGUAUAGCCAGCACUAUGCAGUAAUUAACCCUUUUUUUUGGCAUGCUUUGAAAUGCAGAAUACUAUAGAGGAAAAUAUACUAAAUAAAUAAAGUCUGCUCUAAUAAAUAAAUAAUCAUCUUAUUAGAAAAAGACUUAAAUAAAGCUGUCCAUUGUAAAAGUGGAUAUGAUGACGAUGAUGAUUAAAGGUGAUUAGGAUGAUAAAGCUAAUGUUGUGCACAUUUUUACUUGCAUGCUACACUGAAAACCAUCCAGCAAUGAGAGGGUUUGACCUGCAAAGCAACUGAUUUUUGCUGGAUGGUUGUGUUUAAAGUGACACACUGAAUUCUUCCAUGAUACGGGAGAGUCAUAUUUAUAUAUACAUACUACUUCUAGGUCAUGGAAGAGAAGGGUACUAAAUAGCUGCAAAUAUAGAGAUCCUAGAUGAUACAAUAUUAGAAUGUAUAUUUGUAUCGUUGAUUGCAAACCACUGUUACAGAGUGAUGCAUCUGUGGCAACCCAAGGCAGAAGUGUUAACUGUUUUCUAACUAUCAAGGAGCACUUGAUUUACCUUAUCUGGGCUGUGUUUCCAUCCUGCCAGGAAAGUUAAAUCAAGUGUACCUAAAAUAUUACAUAUUCUGCUUUUGAAAUCACAUCUUAAUCAGUUUUCAGUGCAUGGGAUGUUAAAAAUUGAUUCGAAAUUGCACACAUUUUUGCUGAAAAUUACUUUUGCUGAAACUUUGACAAAUGUUUUGAAAAUAGCUCAUCUUUUUAAGUGUGUAGCCGACUCUAUGGCAGUCACUGGAAUGUGGAGGCAAUGGAGCGCUUCUAGAAGCUCAUAACAUUAUUCAUAUCGAAUGUUGAAGAAAGCUAGAGGGGGAAAUGUUUGUCCAGGCUGAUUGUGUGUUAGCAUUAUCAGUGGUUGAACUUUAUAACAUUUCAAAAUAUAUCUUUCAAUAAACCUCUUUCAAAGCAA